CCAGACUUUUUGGGUCGAUCUUCUGUUCCUUAAAGAAGCAACAAGUGACCAUUUUGAAAGUGACCCUUAGCUGAUGUGUAGCGUUGGAGAAAUCGUUCUCAAUUAUUAUGAAAAUAAAAAUUUAAUUCUUCCAACGCAAUUGUCGUUAAAUAAAUUCUAGUUUUUGUUUAAAUCACAUCAACGUUCACUUCAUUACUUUGUGUUAUUUGUUUUACCAAACUUUUCCAUUUUACAGCUGUAACUUGUCUGUCAAUCUUUAGCUACAGUUGCUCCAUUUUGUGUUCUACCUGCUCUUGUUAUCUACGCUCGUUUCUUUUGUCUUUAAAUAAUUUAUGAUCUAACAUUAUACACAAAAUUUGAGUUAUUCAAUACUUAUACCGUAGUGUUAAAAAUGUGUCAAAUCUGUGAUUAUUCGAAAUAUUUUGUUCGGACAUUAUAAACCCUGUUCAAUUCACCUAUUGUUAGUUAAUCAGAGAAAAUUUCUUCAUCACCUCCUAAUCCAGCGUUAACUUUUCUUGUGAUCCAGUUAUCAAUUUUCCAAAUGUCUGCAAUCUGCGAAUAUCAAUGAUUUGUAAGCGUAUGCGGUUGGAUGAUGGGUGUAAUAACAAUCUCAACAGCACUUUGAACAGUGCAACAAAGUCCAAUACACGUUGGACUUGUGCCGGAGAUACGAGUCUAGUGGAGCCUGAGAUAUUGGAGGAUAUGGGUGUUAGUAUGCUAGAAGACGAAGAAGUAAGUUGUGAGUCGAUGAAAAAAUUACAGUCACACGAAUGCACUAUUUCACCAACAAGUUCUGAAAGCAGUAGAAAGCAAGCUCCUGAGAAAGAGGAUAUUGAAUUUAAAAGCCACACUGCAAUAUAUCGUGACACCAGUUUUAAUAACAUUAAUUUGGAUAGGCUGGAUCAAGAUCCAUUUGAUUUGGAUGAAGCUUCCGUCUACAUGUCUAUGGGCAACGAAUCCGGCUAUUCCUCAAGAGUAGAGACAGAGACUUUUGGAGAUAUGAAGCAAAGUUUUAGCAAAGAAGAAUUGGGAGAAAUGUCAGACAAGAGUGGUUUGGAUCAAUUUUAUCUAUACAGAAGAAAGAAACCCUCGAUUGUUGGGGAAGAUAAGUUCAACAAAUUAUCUGAUGAAAUGAUUUUGAUGAUCCUUAGAUGGCUUCCCAAAAAGUGCUUGGUGCGUUCUAUGCUCGUUUGCAAAAGAUGGUGUCAAAUAGCCCGCGAUGAGGCGUUAUGGAGUAGACUAGAUCUGGGAGGUAAAGUUUUGGGUGAAGGAACUCUGGGUCACAUCCUGCCAAGAGGUGUACAAACUUUAAGACUGGCUCAGGCAGAAAUUGCAGAUCCAGUAUUUCAGUCGAACAGUGAAGUCUUGAAUGAAAAUUAUGUCUGCAAACUUCAAUACUUGGACUUGUCAAUGUCCGUUAUCAGCCCCGAGGGAUUGGGAGCCCUAUUAUCUAUUUGUAAAUUCCUCAAAAAAUUAUCCCUUGAGAAAUGUACUCUUAACAGGCUGUGCUGCCAGGCUAUUGGCCAAAACACAGAAUUAGAAGUACUCAAUUUAACAAUGUGUGAAGGCAUUGAUCAAGAAUGUUUACAGGACAUAUUAAAACUGCCAAGACUGAAUGCUUUCAACAUUGCUUGGUGUGGCUUGGAUUUAGACUGUAUGACACUACUUUGCAAAAACUUGCCAAGUACCAUCACACGUCUGAACAUCGCUGGUUGUCGGAAAACUAUGACAGAUGACAAUGUUAAAGAAAUGGUGAACCGUUGCCCUCGCAUCAUUGAGUUGGAUAUGAGUGAUUGUACAAUGCUCACAAUAAAUGCUGCCCAGAGUUUGCUCAGUCUUUCGAAAUUGGAACACUUAGCUCUUAGUCGCUGUUACAGUAUUGCCCCUUCUACUUAUUUGAGACUAGCUCACAUGCCCUGUCUAAUGUAUCUAGAUGUAUUUGGAUUAAUGGCAGAACCUACUUUAACUACACUGCAAGCAAAUUGCGGUGAUACUGAAAUCAACAAGUUCCUAUACAGUUCGGUUGCUAGACCGACGGUUGGCGUGCGAAGAACGAGCAUUUGGGGCCUAAGAGUCAGGGAUUAGAGUCCUAAAAGAAAUUAGAAUUUAAGUAAAAAUGUCAUGUCGUUUUUGCACCAAAAAAAAACACAAAAAAAGAACUUCACUGGGGGAGUAUAGCAUUAAUCUGAUAACUAAUAUUAUUAGUCUGGUAAUGAAUAUUUUUCAUAGUCCAUUUAUAACAAUGAAAAUGAAUUUACUUUGAUAAAGUACUUUGAUAUGACGAAUUGGAAGCAGAAGCAGUUUUUUUUCCCAGAACUUCAGAAAGAGUUCAAAAACUUGAUUUUUGUUUUUGUAAAUAAAUGUGCACAGAACAACGGAUACCAAAGUAAUGACGUUGUCAAGGAUCAAUGAAUCAUCUGCCAAAUGUGCCUUGAAUUAUCACAUCAAUUAUCUUAUAACAUUUGAAACUACCCAGCAGUUAUGAACUUGGGUACAGUGAGUAAAUGAAAAGUUUAAAACUCUUAAAUUAAAGUUUAAUUCUCAUUUACUCCUCACUGGAUACUGAAGUCUGUUUAUAUUAUUUAAUUUUUUUUUUUUUAUUUCAUAAUUUUGCCAUCGCAAUCCGACUAGUGUAAAUCGAUGAAUUAUGAAAUUUUCGCCCGACGAGAGUGAUACGAGGAAGUUUUACUUUUUGUGAUUCCUUUUUCGGAAACCAUGAUAAUAGGAAUAAGAUUGUAUAUUAUUUUUAAGAUUGAAAAAAAAGUCCUUUGAUACUAAAGAUAAUUUGAUAUUCUGCGUCCCUGAUAAAGGAAUUGCAGUGCAUCUGGAAAGCCAGGUUUAUUAGAUGAUUAUUACGUUAAUUAUUAAUUAUUAUGUAUAUUGUAUAAAAUAAAUCAUUACGGUUA